CAGGGCCGGAUAGGUGCUCCUCCGCGUCACUCAGGCCUAGGCCCCGCCCCCGUGCGCCUGGGCCAGUCCGGGCUGCCGAGCAGAAUGUCGUCGGGGCGUGUCCCCGAGUCUGCGGGGUCCUCCGAGGCGCCGGAGCAGGGCCUGGGCGUGCAGCCCCCCAACUUCUCGUGGGUGCUCCCGGGCCGGCUGGCGGGGCUGGCGCUGCCGCGGCUGCCCGCGCACUACCGGUUCCUGCUGGCCCAGGGCGUGCGGCACCUGGUGUCGCUGACGGAGCGCGGGCCCCCGCACGGCGACUGCUGCCCCGGCCUCACGCUGCACCGCCUGCGCAUCGCCGACUUCUGCCCGCCCGCCCCCGAGCAGAUCGACCGCUUCGUGCACAUCGUGGACGAGGCGAACGCCCGGGGAGAGAUGAGGGCACUGAGACUUAGAGAGAUGGCUGGCUUGCCCGGUGCCUCACACUGUGCAAAGGAGCUGGCAGCAAACCCGAGCGGUAGCUCCACACGCUGCUUCUUGGAUCAGACACCCCACCUGCCAAGACCUGCCCCUGGUUCCAGUGACAUGGGGAAGUCCACCUUCAUCAAAGCUUAGCUUCAUCAAGCUGGCACUCAGGCCACUUCUGUUAGGGCCACUAUUGUCUAACUCGGAGCAUGUGGCUAUCCUCACCUGGCAGGACAGGCUUAAGGCCCGUGUGCUGGCCUCGAGCCCUCAAAAUACCAUUUUAUGCCUCCUGGUUUAUUUAAAACUCUGCUUUUGUUGUUGUUAUGUGAGCCCUUCAUGCGUGGCAGGCACUAUCCCCAGUAGUUUAUAAGCAUUAUCUCUUUUGGUCUUCAAAAGAAACCUAAGGAUAAGCUCUUAUAAUGACCAGAUGAGUGAGCUGGGGCCCGGAGGGUUUUAAGAAACACGCCCAGAGCCACAUAGCUAGAACAGGAUUCCAACUUGAGUUUGUUAGACUAUAAAGCGCCUUCCCUCUUGGGAGCAGAGAGAAAAGACUUUGCUGUAAUUGGAAAAUAUAUAACAGCAUCUUGUGUUCCCCGGAAUCACAGCUGCGGGCUCGCAAGCUGUCAGCAGAGCCCCGUGAUUGCCUGGCUUCCCCCCUCCGGCAGGGACGCUCUGUCUCACAGCGUUGGGCCGCGGCGGCCAUCAGCCCGAUCAGGCCCGCGCCCCAGCCUCCUGCGCCGUCCCAACCACAGUCCCCUGUUGAUUUCAAAAUGAGUUGCAUAAGCGCUCCUUCCAUUACUGUAACGUUUUCCCCGGCUA